AUGGCAGAUGAUGGCCAGACAAGCAAUCCAUCGCAUGCGGUAGAGCCAGUUACGACUUCUGUAACAGAAGAGCUUGUUGAGAUCCGCGGGUACUCCGCCCACUCUAACAGAACUUGGCGCCUCAGCAAACGUUCACUUCGCAACGAGACAGUCUUCUUCCAAGACAUCGGCGAACGUGUAAAGUAUGACCCUAUCGAUGGUUCUGCCUACAUCGGAGACAUCGACCCAGACAUCUUCGAGGCAUUCGCACAGUUCCUGUCCGGGAAACACUACGAACCUCCGUUCCGCAGCCACAUUUCUCUAGCCUCAAGAAAAUCUCCCUCACUACUUCAACUCUACCAUACUUUGGCUUGGCUUCUUGGAGAUAAACUUGGUGCCGUGGCUUUCCAGAAUCACGCGAUUGUCAGAUUAGCAUUCUCCCUCAAUCCCAAAGAUGCCUCCGCGCUUGUCUCUCCAAGGGCCGUUCUCCGCGCUCUGGAGUCCAUGGGCAACACCCUUAAGCUGCGCCAGCUUUUCGUAGAUGCGACGGCUUAUGCACUACAGAAGCAUGGGCUGAAGUGGCGAGAGGAUGCGAGGUGGGCAAAGGUGCUCGAGAAAUUUCCAGACUUCAUUCAAGAUGUGAUUGUGCGGUUUGAUGAAGGAGAGGUAACGAAUCCGUCGCUGCAUGUGGCAAAGUACUUCCUUUGA